AUGAUCAAUUACGACGAGAACGCAGACGCCGCUGGGAGUCAGAAAGAGAGCCCCCCCAAUAGCGCGGCAAAAAAUGGGGCGUACGAAAAAGGAGUAGAUGUGAACGAACCAGAAGUGUACGACGCUAAUGAAGACAACACCAAAAACAAAGGCGUUUGGUAUAAUGCCAGAACCAAGUGUUGGCUAGCUUGCGUCAAGGGGAGCGGCAGACACCUUCGUGUCUUUUCUGUGAAGAAGCACGGCUUUAAGAGGGCCAGAAUGCUAGCCGUUGAGUGUAAGAAUUCGACCGUCAUUAAUUUUAACGCUCUGGCGAAUGGGGAAGCCAACGGGGCCGCAAAUGGGACCACAAAUGGGGCUACCAACGGGGAAGCGAACGGUGCUGCCAACGGAGCGAGUAGUCAAGCGGACCACCCGCCGCGCAACAAUGGUGUGUACGCGAAAUUUAAGAAUGAACCCAGCAACCACGUCAGCGGAAGAACCAGAACAUACAGCUACAAUGAAGCGGGCCGAAGUAAUCACUCAAAACUGGAAGCGCAGGAGUCGAUGGAUGUAGGUAGUAUAGCCACCGUGAAUAGCGAAAAUGCCAGUGGGGUUACCAAUGCUAGUAUUAGCGCUAGUGCGAGCGCCAACGGAGCGGAAGAAGGACCCGACCGAAAAAGGCGCUACAACACGAGAAGGGGGAAUUACAAAUCAGUGGAAGAAUUAAAUAAAAAAGAGGAAAAGAAUGAAACCAACGAGGAGGAUGCUUCUUUCUACAAAGCGAGCAACACGUCCAGUGUUAGUCCCCCCACCUCUAGAGGAUACAGUGUCAGAGGGAAUUAUAACACCAAGGGAAGCUUAACCCUAAAAGGGAGUGGCGUCACAAAGGGAGGCAAUUACAAUAGUGUGAAACGUAACAACAGCAUUUCUAAAGGGAAUGGCGGAAGCCCCAAGGGAGGAAGUAACAACCUCAGAGGGAUGACCAUUUCGAAGGUUUCCCAAGCUAAGGGUAACCUAACGAAGGGGGGAGGAAGCAACAGCAUUUCCAAAGGGCAGCAGUCAAACGGGUAUAACUUUCAUCACUCGGAGAGCUCUAGUUACAAUUUGACCACUCGGAGUAGCCGAAACUACCACGCGACGACUGACAGGUGCAGCAGCAACAGCUUGACUGCUGAUGAGGUGAAGUGCUACAAAGAGGAAAGGAACCAGUCGGUGCAGACACCAAAUGGGAAACGACAAAGUGAUACCCUUGUGGAGGCGCUAGACAGUUACCAAGGGGAUAGUAGGAAGAAGAAAAAAACUACAAAGGAUAAGUUCAGUUACCUGGUUAGGAAGGACAGGGGUGCUGCUGACGAUGGGGAUGGCAGUGGUGGGGGAAGCGGUGGUGGAAGUAGCGGCGGAAGUGGUGAUGGAAAUGGUAACAGCAAUGGUGGCGAGCCCGCUGCCACUUCCGCGUCUGCCUACCACGAGGGUAGCAGCCUCAAUGACCACAACAGCCCAGGCAGUCAUGCCACGCAUAGCGCCCACAACGCAAAUAACUCUCACAAUACACGCAACACGCGCAACAGCAGUGCGCACGCUGUGCAGUUUGCCGAGAACGGGCAGGGGGAGAAAAGCAGCCACGACGAUUUCCAAAAUGUGCCGAGCUUGAAUACCCGUUCCAGCACCACCCAGAACUACCGUCAGGGCACCCACAAUGAGGGCUACAACAACGGUUAUGAUAGCAUCUACCAUGGUGAUUACCACACCGCUCAGCAGAAUCAGCAAAACUGCUCAAGCGGGCGUACCUACCACAACACGCGCUCCAGCAGCAACGCGAGGUUCAGCAACAAUACGAGAUUCGGCAACAACACUCGAACGAAUAACACACGGUCUAGCAACACCCGAUCGAACAACACUCGGUCUAACAGCACUCAGGCUAGCAACACUCAGGCUAGCAACACUCAGGCUAGCAACACUCAGGCUAGCAACGCUCGGUCCAGCAACAACACGUGCAUUAUAACGGACAAGGAUUUCCAGAUAGAUUCCCCCGAACAAACCAACGAGGAUUUUUACUUCCUAAAACCAAUGACGUAUGACUACAACGAGCAUAACACAUGCAAACAGCGAAAUAACAAAACAGCCAACAGCGAAAGGGAAUAUAAUUUCAUUUUUUCAAACGAUUGUUAUUCUGAUUAUUGCAGCCAAAACAGAGAUGAAUAUAAGGCAAAUUUUAUAGACCUCACAAGGGAAGCCUUAUCAUUAAUUCUGCAGGACUUAAAAAAAAACGUCAUUCCCAAAAUACCCGUAGGGAUAGAGAAAAGGGAGAGGUACACCAAUUCCCUGCGCCUCUGUUUGAAGAGUGCCAAGUUUACCAAGCACAUCAAUGAGCUGGAGCCCUACCUGGAGUUAUUCAGCGAGUGCAUAAAGAAUAGCAAGUUGCCCAGUCACAUGGAUUUGAAGGACCAGCUGUUUUACCUGGACAAGUUGUGA